AUGGCUGGCAUACGUACUCUCGAGGCCAAUGCCCACGCCAAAGACGAGGCGCACAGAAAGAAGCUCGAAGAAGAGGUCGAGCGACGCAAGGCGCAGGAGCAGGACAGAAGUAGAGGCGAAAACGUGUGGUUCUCCCGUCGGAUCAAAGACGGUCACUUGUAUCACUGGGCGCUGUUUGUCUACGGCAAGAAAUACGAACUAAGGCUUCCGUCGCGGCAGAAGUUCAAGAGCCUACCAAAUGGACAUCUCGUCGGGUCUCUAAUCCCUUCGAUCGACUAUGAGAGCAAUAUUGCGCCAUGGUCGAUGCAAGACGAGAUGAUGCGGAUUCGACAGGAAAAUCUCGACAAUGAGGGCAAGCCAUAUGCUCAGGACUACUACAUCUGUCAGAUUGGCUGGACCAAGUUGCCUGAGGCGGAAGUUGAUAAGCAAUGCGAGGCUGCUCAGAAAUCUUUUGGCGUCUAUGUACUCGGUUUCAACGACUGUCAGAGUUUCUUGCGGCGAUUUGCGAAGCUCAUCAUCCAACAGCCAGAGGACUGCGCUCUCGAUUUCCUAUGGUUCGAGAAGAACAUCCAAACUCCCUAUCACCAAUUACAGCUUGUCCCUGCGGAUGAAAACAUCAAAAGGUUCCAGCUUUACAUGCAGACAACCUUGUAUGGCGCUACGGGUGCGACAAUUGGGGCCGCCGCGGAGACGUAUGACCGCCAAUAUCGACCGCAAGAGCCAAUGACCAAGACAAACAACAAAGAUGGUGCAAACGCAAACUCAAAUGAUAAGGAUAAGGAUAAGGAUGACGGAUGCUGUGACUGCGAUAGUGGUUGCUGCUAA